UUUUUUUGUUCAAAAACAAAUCCUUUAAGCAAACAAUGUAUUCACUUAUUAUUGCUGUUAUCUCAACAUUGGCUUACACCUCAAAUGGUGCUGUAUUACAUGCUGCUCCAUUUGCAGCAGCACCAGCUCCAUUACUUGCAAGAUAUACUGCUCAACCACUUUUAGCUGGACCAGCUUCAGUUUUAGCUGCCGGACCUGCACCAAUUGUUCAUCAUGCUGCCGCACCAUUAGUUCAUGCUGCCGCACCAGCACCAAUUUUAAGAGCUGCACCUGUUGUUGCUGCAGCCCCAGCACCAAUUGUUAGAGCUGCUCCAGUUGUUGCAGCACCAGCACCAAUUCUAGCUCGUACUGAAAUAAUUGAUGCUCAUCCACAAUAUCAAUUUGCUUAUGAUGUUCAAGAUGCUUUAACUGGUGAUUCAAAAACACAAGAAGAAACUCGUGAUGGUGAUAUUGUUAGAGGAUCAUAUUCAUUAAUUGAAGCUGAUGGUUCAAGACGUGUUGUAAAUUAUUAUGCUGAUCCAAUAAACGGUUUCAAUGCUGUUGUACAAAAAGAUGUACCAGUUGCUGCUCCAGUUGUUGCUGCAAGAGCUCUUCCUGUACCAUCAAAAGUUGUUGCUGCACCAGCCCCAAUUGUUGCCGUUUAAAUAUUUUUUUUUUUAGAAAAAACAAUUAAGAAACAACACUGUUAUUAAUCAGCACACAUCUACAUAUAUAUAUGGGUGAUUUACAAAAUCACUUCAUAUAUAAUAGCUUCUUCCUUGUAUAUAGAAAUUUUUGGACUGACUUUUAUUUUAUGGAUGAUAUUUUUUGAUAUGUAUAAUAUGUAUAUUUGCAAAAGGUGGGACACUAGGUGAAUUUUUAGUUCAUAAUUUUGGUCUUCCAUAAGGAUAACACAAUAGUGUAAUAAUUUAAGUGACUGCCAUUGUAAAAUAACAAAAAAAGCAAAAA